AUGAUUAGGACAAGCUAUAGACAUUUCUCGACAUCGCUAGCGCGGACGUCGAAGAAUAAAUUCGCCUUUUACGAUUUGGUGCUCAGGACGCCAACCCAUCCAAGGCAGCCCAUUGAGGCCCUGUUGAUGAAACCCAGGGAGUUAGAGGAACUUAGAGGAAAGACAAAGACAACGUUUGAGGGAAACUAUACGCUUGAGGAUCUUUCGCCUGAGGAGAGAAUCCGUAAAGUGUUUGGCGGUCGUAUCAAGGGUGAAGAGAGACAGAGUUCCAGUCGUAUGAAUGUUGGUCAACCCAGGAUCAUCGCUGGCGUUACUGUUCCUGAUAAGCCCAAAGAACCCGAUAACUGCUGUAUGAGUGGCUGUAUCAACUGUGUUUGGGAAUUAUACAACGAUGACGUCAAGGAUUGGAAUGACAGAAGAAAGUUGGCUGCCGACAAGCUCAAGGAACAAGGCGGCUUAUGGCCAGCUGAUUUCUAUCCACCAGUGAAGCUCUUGAAUAAGGAGAACAUUCCUGAAGAGUUGGCCAGGGAUCCUAACGCAGAGAAGAAGAGCGAAGUCGAUGAAAGUUGGGGUGACGUUCCUGUUGCCAUUAGAGUGUUUGCUCAAACCGAGAAGCGCUUGAAGGCAAAGAAGAGACGUAUCCAGAAGCCAGAGGCUUCGUAG